CGGGAGUAGGAGACAUUCCGUGACACGAUUCCCCAAAUGCCUCGAGGCAGACCCAAAACCGUUAUCCCUCUGUGUCAGUACUGCAGCAAGCAGUUUACACGGCGGGAGCACUUGCGGCGGCAUGAGCGCACGCAUACAAAUGAGCGACCAUUCGCCUGUAACUGCGGACAGAGCUUUACCAGAAAAGAUCUUCUAGCACGCCAUACCAGGUUAUCGCAUCCCUCGCCUCUGGACAUCUCACCGCCUUUGGAUGUUGUUCAAGCAUCAGGCUACGAUUCAGGCUAUAUGGGUAUGAUUGACCCUGAUCUCCUUUGGGAUCCCAACUUUAUGGCAGAAGAUAUGCUGCCUGCAACGUUCUUUGACGUCAAUUUUCCUAUCGUCGGUGCGGUGGUAAACACCGAGCGUUCCCAGAAAAGUACAUUUUCUCGCUUUAGUUCCCGUCUUCCGCCAUUAGAUGACGUCGAGAAUGAAUCUGAGGAUGGCAAUCAGACGGAAGCCAUUGCCGAUGCUUCCACUGUGCCGUGGUCGAUCACUGAACCUGGGUAUGAAAGCUUCUGUCUGAGGGUCCAAGUUUAUUCCGAAGUCCUUCCAACCGGAUGUUCGUUGCCGUCCAGAAACGCAAUAUGCCGAAAUUUAGAAUCCUAUUUCAGAUGCGUUCAAGAACACCUUCCAUUUAUCCACCCAGCUACAUUUUCAGUUGAGCGAAAAGACAUCGAGCUACUGCUAGCCGUGGCUGCAGUCGGCUCACUGUACAGGUUCGAGCACCCCAAAUGCUACGAGCUAUACUUCAUGGCAAAGGCAAUUCUAUUGGAGAAUAGUCGCCGUGAAGAUCUCCAGCUAGCUUCGGAUUUGCUCGCUGGAGGAGAUCAUUUAAUACCAAAUGGACAAAACAAUGUUGGGAGGAUGCAAACGUUCGUGUUACUCAUUCAGUUUGCAUCGUGGACGAAGAAGGAGAUUUUCCCAGAUGCAUUAUUCUUGAGCAGCCAACUAGCCACCUUGGUAAGACAGAAUGGCAUCUCGGAAUCAGAUGAAAUGCCACUCGGUGUGGAUUGGUCGUCGUGGGCAACCGUUGAGGAAAGACGAAGGACCCUAUUUGCCGCUUACGUGCUUUUCAACCUGCAAACCAUUGCGUUUGACACUCCCCCACUGAUCAUGAAUCACGAGGUUGGCAUUUUCUUGCCAUGUUAUGCGGAACAAUGGAAAUCGGCGAAUGGAGCUCAAUGGAGUCGAGGCACCCAUCAAGUCGAACUUCAGUUCCAGAAAGGAAUUCAUUGUCUCUUCGAUGGUGCCGGAAUCGCUAGGAACUCAAGGCUGUCUUCAUUCUCUAAUUAUGUGCUCAUUCAUGGGCUGCUACAGCAAAUAUACGUCGACCGCCAUGGGUCUACUGGAAUGCUACAGUCAGACACGAUCAGAUCGUUCGAAACCGCCCUCCUCACUUGGCAACGAUCAUGGGAGCUCAGUCACGGGUCCGCUCUUGAUCCACUCGCCCUGGAAGAACCUCUGGCACUCAACUCGACCGCACUUCUUCGACUUGCAUACAUUCGCUUGAACUCAGACCUAGGCCCACGUCGAGGGAUUAUAUCACGAGAUUUACGUUGCUUACUCGGUGAAAGGCCUGAGCUGAGCAGAUCUCCGAAUGUUGAUAAAGCCGUACUUCACGCUGCACAUGCUUUGAGCAUUCCCGUACGCCUUGGAAUCGAAUUAAUACCUCGGGCCAAGACAACUUUCUGGAGCAUUGAGAAUUCUCUUUGCAGUCUCGACUGCGCCUUGCUACUCAAGGAUUGGCUUGAGAUGAUUUCGAAGACGAUUGGGUCAUGCGGCACGGAAGGCCUGCGCAAAGUCGAGACGAAAUUAUUGGGAAUAAUCGCUGGGAUCGUCAAAGAGACGUCACUGUCCGAGACGUUAAAUAUUCUGGAAGACGAUGCAUCACAUUUUCGGCGCAUGGCCGCGACAGUGGUCACGCUAUGGGCUCAAAUGUUCCAAGGCGACUAUGUUCUUGAGAUUGAUUCGGUCAUUAAAGCUGGCCUCCAACUUCUAGCAGAUCCUACUCCAAAUUGACACAAACUUUGCCAAUGUGCUUACCAGAUUCGACAUAUUUCAGUGCCUCGAUUAUAUCAUCCCGAUUGAAACCAAAUGUUUUAUCCACCGGCAUCUGAAGCUCUCGACUGCCCAUGAAUCUGACUGCGUCCUCGAGUUGCUGCUUCGACCCAGACAAGAUGCCACGGAGGACCGCUCCCUUGACCAAUGUUAGUUGAGUGACAUCGGGC